GUGCGCCUGCGCACUGCCGAAGCGCACGUGUUCGAGCCGGAAAUGCCCGCUGGAGCUCGAGUUUCCUAGGGAUGGAAACCGUCAUGGAGUCGCAGAGCGCGGGAGCCGAGGAUGACUUCACCCAAGUCACCGGCAAGGGUGGCCGGCGGGCGAAGAAACGGCAGGCUGAGCAGCUGUCCGCGGCGGGGGAGGGCGGUGACGCGGACAGCAUGGGCACGGAGGGCGUACCGCCCGCGAAGAGGCCCGUCUUCCCGCCCCUCUCCGGAGACGGUUUCCUGGGUGGGAAAGGAGAAACAAGGAAAAUUCCAGUCCCAGCCAACAGAUACACGCCAUUAAAAGAGAACUGGAUGAAAAUAUUUACUCCUGUUGUAGAACAUUUGAGCCUUCAGAUACGCUUUAACUUGAAAUCGAGGAAUGUAGAAAUCAGGACUUGUAAAGAAACCAAGGAUGUCAGUGCCCUGACAAAAGCUGCUGAUUUUGUGAAAGCCUUUAUUCUUGGGUUUCAGGUGGAGGAUGCCCUUGCUCUCAUUAGGUUGGAUGAUCUCUUUCUGGAGUCUUUUGAAAUUACAGAUGUUAAGCCCCUAAAGGGAGACCACCUGUCGAGGGCAAUAGGAAGAAUAGCUGGCAAAGGAGGAAAAACCAAAUUUACCAUAGAGAAUGUGACACGGACACGAAUAGUUUUGGCUGAUGUGAAAGUUCACAUCCUUGGCUCUUUCCAAAACAUUAAGAUGGCAAGAACUGCCAUUUGCAACCUCAUCCUAGGAAAUCCCCCAUCAAAGGUUUAUGGCAAUAUUCGAGCCGUGGCUAGCAGAGCAACAGAUCGAUUCUGAUUUUAAAUCAGAGACUAUUUAUCUUGUCUUGGACUGUAGAGAAAAAGACCUUACCCUUUGCCAAGUGGUCAGAAGAAACCAUGUGGAAGAAUUUUUCAGCCACUUUAAGUAUUGGUCCCUUCUUCCAUUCUCAACCAGAAGCAUAAACACAAGGAAAGGUUUGACAGUAUUCACAACUCAACAGCUUUGAGGAUAUUUAAAUAUCAAAAUUCAGUACCGUUAUUUUGCUUACAUAUUAAUUACAAUUUUUUUUCCAUUUUAAAUUAUGUAGAUUUUCAGUUUAUAGAUUUUUAGCUUUUUAUAAGUUUAUAAACAUUUCUUCUCUAUGAGUUGUAAUUAAAAGACUCAGAGAGCCUCUCUAUGACUCUUAAUACUGAGUGGUGGGUGACUAUUGUAGAAUUAGCUCAUAAGCAACAGUUUGGGAUAUACUGUGUGAAUCACGAAAGGCUAAUCUUUGUACCUGUUUUGUAGUUUGGAAAAUAAAAAGACUACACAAGG